UCAAAGACGAAUACAGGACAAAAGUUCAAAAACAUUCAUUUCAGCUGACAGACAAAGGAACAGAGGGGAGAAACUGUUGUGGGACUUCCUGACUUCACUGUUUGGCUUUGUUCAGAUUCACAUAAGGUAUCCAAUCUGACCACAGGAGGCAGCAGUGGGUCAUCAACUGCUGUGUUCCUGUGAGCUAAAAUGACACCUAUCUUCUAUAGCCUUGCGUUGUGAUCAGUUAAUUAUGUCGCAACAAAGACAUGCUGAAUGAAAGUGAUAUGUGAGUGUGAGAGAAGCUGAGGGUGACCACAUUUUUCAGGUAUUGUUUCCAGUAAUCCAGCAUCAGAUAAAAUGAAGAUGAACAUGUUUUCUGAUCAUGGCUGAAUGGAAGGCGUGACACUGUGGGAGGAGCUCUUACAUCUAUAUAUGUGGAUUCUUGGAACAAAGUGAAGGAUAAACAGUGAAGAUGGCUCUUCAACACUUUGUCUCGGCUUUCACUCUGACCUGCCUUCUCUUAUCUCCAGGCUGUCAAUCAGAGAUGGAAUGUGGCAUUACUCCUCUGAACAACACAAUGACUGGAGGAGAGAACAUUCCAAGACAAUGGCCCUGGCAGGUGUAUAUAACACAGGGUUACCCAUGGAGCUGUGGAGGAUCUCUGAUCUCUGACCUCUGGGUGUUGUCAUCUGCUACCUGCAUCAACAAUACUAUGUAUAAUGGAAGCAUGAUGCAUGUUUAUCUGGGCGGCCCUAAUAACACAGUGGCACGCAACGUUACCAGCAUCACUUUCUAUGACGUUACUGAGAGUGGAAACGACAUUUGUCUUUUGAAACUGGAGAGUCCUGUGGCGUUCACUGACCAUAUUCGACCCAUUUGUUUACCCACAAACAACAGCAGUUUCUACACCGGGAUGCCCGCCUGGUUCACCAGCCAGUAUUGGAACGUCAAUUGGAACCUACACCUCUCUAUAAUGGGACACGACAGGUGUGAGUGCUACAGGAAUGAAAACAUCUCACAAAACACAAUCUGUGCUCAAGGUUAUGUAAGGAUGAGUAACAAUGGAGGACCGAUGAUGACCAAAGACCGGUAUGGAACCAAUGUGUGGGUCCAAGCUGGAAUUGAAAAUGGUUCAUGGGGGAUUUACCAGACCUUCAUCUCUGUAUCCUUCUAUGAAGACUGGAUCAAGGAGAAAACUAUGGGGAACCAACCAGGCUUUGUCACUGUCAACUCUGAUGGAUUUGAUCCAGACAGUGACUUCUCCUGUGAAGACUACAGUGUGUUUGCAGGUGGAGAGAACCUGGUUCCCAUCUCUCACUUCAUCUCACUCUCUGUUCCUCUGCUCUUCUUCUAUCUGCUGCUCUAAGAUGACAACUAGAAGCAGACCUCCUCCUGUCCCUGCACUCUCUGACUCUUUGUGCAGUUUGAUCAAUCAAUAGAAUCACUGCUGGGAUGUGGGUUAAAUUACAGACAAAACGCUGGUGAAAUUUUGACAAGAAGUGUGCGUGUGACACUGAGAACUGUCUGGAACUGUGGCUGAAGUCAGUGUCCUAACACAGCAGAGAAUAAAAUCGUUGACCACGACU